AUGUCAAGUUCCACAACUGAAAAGGAACGGCCCAACUCUGUGGAAGUCUUCGGUUCCAGCUCCGAGAAGGAAGCUGCCCCGCCAUCCCACCCUCCGCAUCGGCAAAGAAGAACAAGGCAGAAAACCGCCGUCUAUAGUAAGACAAGCAGCAAAGGCAGCACAAGCAACAGCUACCUCGCGCCGCUCGACCAGCUGCCCGUACCCGGCGCUGUAGGCGAGAUAGCAAACACAGUUGGAAAUGUUCCAAAUGGCGCGGUGGAUAGGCAACAGCCACCGGCGAAAGGAAAAAGCGAAGCAUUGAAGUUACGGCUGGAUUUGAACCUGGAGAUUGAGUUGGAGCUUAAGGCAAAGAUUCAUGGAAGUUUAGAACUAACACUGCUGAACUGA